AUGAUGGCCGUCAGGUCGCCGCUGCCUAUUAUAUCGUAUCACGAUACAUCCGGCCCGUAUGCUGGAUCAGAUUCGAUGUCUUUUGAAAGUCCCUCAUCCAGUGUGAGGAAUUCAAUUUCUUCUGCUCCAGAUGAGAACUCGGUCGAUGAAACAAAUGCUAUACCUGCCGCUCCCACAUCAGAUGGAACGAAGCUAGAUAAGAGUAGGGAUGAUGAGGACUCUGUCGAGGCGACACCAGUUCAGGAAUCAGCACCAUCUUCACAGCCGGGACUGACGAUCCAAACUUCACACUCCUAUAAUAAUGGCUACAAUACAAGGUCAGACGAUGAUGAGCCACCACAGUCUGUCAUACAUGCUCCGCCGGGAUUCAGGGAUUUUGCUCAGGGAGAGACACAAGAACAAGUGGCAUGCGAUGACGGAUCUUUGCCUAGUUCGCAGCAUGCCCAGCUGGCCAUCGUACCUGGAAAAGCCAGGAAGAUUGGCAAUAGUCCCAUAUCCCCACCACCAUUGACGACCACGGUCGCACCUCCACAGGACUGGUCGGAAAGAGCAACUCCUCGGGCACAGACAAGACAUGAGUUCGAGGGAUCGGGGCGACGUACACGUUCUAGCAGUUUAGAAGGUGAAAAUCCAUUUAUUAUCUCCUGUGAUACGUCAACCUAUACAUCGGCUCACACUUGGAUAGAUAUACCUGAAGGAAAUUUCUCCAGCAAAGAUAUCGAGAUCAAUGCUCUGCGAACAGCCCUGGCUGAAUGUUGGACACUAUGUAAUACGCUGGCUAGUCUUAGUUAUAUCAAUCGAGAACGGAUCUUGGGAAACAUUCAAGAUGGGAUGGAAGAGGAUGCCUGGAGAUCCUGCUGGCGACUUUGCCAGAAGUUAUACGAUACGCGAGAGGAUGAUUUUGCCUUGCAGGUCAACCCGACACUUGACCUUUGUCGAGAGUUUUGCCAGGCCUUAUUUGAGGUUCGAAGCUGCGAUAAUGACUUGACAGACUCUGUGCUCCGCGUGAGCUUUGAGCUUAAUAACCACCUUUAUAACACGCACGAUCGCAACCUACCAGAUGCCUUCCGAGAGCGAACAUUGGACUUUUAUAUUACCUUAUGCCACCGCCUCAUGAAGCAACGCACCCGCCUGACCGCAACGGAUGCGCUCCUUAGCGCAUGCUGGACAUUGGCCGAAAUGCUUUUCAGCAUUCGACAAAGUAAAAGAGAAGGGAAAAGAUUGGACGAGGAGCUAUUGGGAUCGGCCGUGCAGGCUUGUUGGGAGCUUUGUGACAUCUUCCGCGAGGGCUGGACGCUACACAGUAUGCGUAACUCAGACAGAGGUACACCACGGCCCAGCCAGACGACAUUUGCUCAAGCCUUCCAGCAGGCAGCACAGCAGUCUGAACUCGAUUUUGUCGACGAGUCAAUGCAGCUUGGGAAUCCGGAGACCCCAACCACUAUCUUUGAGGAUACGGCAACGGUCUCCCCCGAUGAAGCAUCUGUGCCCAAUAUCCUCGUUCUUGGUCACGGUCAUGGCCACAGCAAUGGACACGGGCAUAGUUCCCAUCCCAAGUGGCCUUCUGGUGCGUCUAGCAUCUCGGAGAAUUCUCGGUCUUCCGGGCACACCGCAUCAUCCGCUAAUACGGUGACCACCGCAUCCGAGGAUCCAAACUUCACCCGGCUCAAGGUGUUGGUCACCAAAGCGGCCGUCAACAGUGGGUAUCAACCGGGCAAUUCUCAGAACCUGUCGUCCUUUGUGAAGUCGCUCCCCUCGGAUGCGUUUGGUUCGGCACCCUGGCAGACCUCGUUGCUGAAGCACUAUCGCAAGCUGGUCGCAUUUGAUCCCGCCUUUCGCAGCGUUGGUUCCCCGGCCCGCGUAAGUGCAAUUGAAGUUGCUCGUGCCUGUCAAGCAAUGCUUCAGAGUGGACAGUAUUCUUGGCUACGUGAUCUCUACCGACUUGUCUUCGGAUUCCAUAUGGAAGAAGCGAUGGGCCGGAAGGGAGUCACGAUCCAGACUUGA